CACCGUAAAAAUCUUCUUCUCCCAGCCUAACUUUGGCAGCCACCUCUUCGAUCGAUGACAUCAAGACUUAGGCACGUCACGCGUAUCUCGUGACCGUGAAGCCUUUCUCAUGCACACCAACCAAUGGCUCUUCCCUUUGCAUGCCCUGCAGUCAACGCCCACUCGUUGGCCGCUCGAGAAGGAGUUGUAUGAUCGUGCGCGAGGAGUCGAAUUUCUGUUCCGGCUGGGAACAACUCUCAGCUUGACGACAUCAGCCAUCUUGACCGCAGCCACAUGGUUCCACAGAUUUUACAUGCGCUUCUCACUCGAGGACUAUCAUAGACAGGACGUAGCCGCCGCGUGCAUCUUCCUCGCCACCAAGACAGAGGAGUGUGGACGCAAGCUCCGGGAUGUCGCCCGAAUAUCGCAGGUUAAGGCUCUUGGGCGGGACAUAGCACAGGACGCCAAGGAGGUGGACCAAUGUGUGGCGGCUAUCCUUCUGACAGAAGAAGCUCUCCUCGAGGCGAUCUGUUUUGACUAUGUCAUCGAAAGCCCUCACAGCAAGCUGGUCGAUCUGUUCGACGCACGCGAUGAGGUCACCUCCGUUCAAAAUCUGGCUUGGAGUUUUGCGCACGACUCAUUUAGGACACCACUUUGCAUUCUUUAUCCGCCACAGGUCAUUGCGGCUGCAUGCUAUGUGCUGGCCCAACAGACUGCAGAUGGACCCAACUCAUUGUCUCUCGACGCGCGAGUUUCGUCCUCGGCCCCUCGGGCUUCUCUGCCGACUCCCCCGUCGCACAAGCCCGCCUCACCAGAUGCCACACGAUUCGCCAUCGAAUACUUUUCCUUCACCGACGUCGAACUAGUGUCCGUUGCCGAGGCUCUGAGCAUCAUUCUCGAAUUCUAUGGCGCACAAGACCAGACUGUUCACUAUCAUCUUUCCCCGGUCGUGGCAAUUACUCCACCGACCGCACCAACCCGACCGACGUUAUAUGCUCCAUUCCCGCGUACCUCCGCUUCCGGCAGUGGAGAAGCCGUCCAAGCCCAGAUUAAUCAAGCCGGAGUGAGCCAGUCCCCUUGAUAUAUGAAGGGGCCGAAUGGAUUGCUGGCGCGGGUUGGCUGUUGAGGCGGGACAAUCGAUUCCAAAUCGGAGUCGACGCUCUCCUUGUCUUCAAUCCAGCUGUCCACCAAUCGAAUCAUGUUCAGCGUUUGGACUCGAUGGCCAGGUAUUCCGCCGUCGGAGAAGAUGGGCGACAUGUCACGGAGAUAGGGGUUGGCUUUGAAUUCGUCUGCCAAAAUUUAGUUGGAAUUAUCGACUGCUGUGUUAUUUUGGAUCUCACCAUCUCCGCCCCAGUUCGACUCGGAAUUUGCUGGAGUCGCAUAGUCAGCGAGUGUCAUGUCAGGGAUAUGAAUUGGGCCCAGUGUCACGGGCUCGGGAACCU